GUCAAUCAAUAGCUCUGUCAGUGGUGUUUUCGUACCUUAUCAUAUUUGAUCAUAAAUUAAUUAUAUCUGUGAAAUUAAUUUUAGUGAUAAGUGCAAAAUAUAAAAGUAUGUUUUUCAUAUAACAAAGCCAAUUAGUGCAAUACGUAGUUAUUUGUUUACCAAAAAUAACCUUCCGCUCACAAAAAAUGCAUUGGCGUCACUUUUUUCUUUAUCAGUAAUUUUUCCGUGUAUAACAGUUUGUGUAUCAGGAUUUUGAAACGUAAGCAGUAUUCAUCUAUCGUUAAAUAAUACUUAUCACAAUGGAUGAAUCAGAUCAUGAAAGUCAAUCAGAAUCUGAAUCAAAAGAGGGAGAUGAUCACUCUGAUGUAGAAUCAGAAAACUCAAGAGAAUCAAAUAAUGUUAAUGAUGAAACAAAUCAUUCCACUCAAGAAGCAUGCCAGCAAAAUGAGGUAUCAAGUAAUUUCGUACCAGAAUCGGGUCAAAAUGAUCAAGCAGCGUUAAAGGAGCCAUCUAGAAAUAACUUACGUAGCUCAAAUGAGAAAAACGCAGAGGACAAUGCAAUGAACAAUAUGUUCGCGAGUGUGUGGGUCAAGGUUGAAAUGGAUGACGAAAAUGAUGAGCCGGAAGACGAUGCUAAUGACAUAAACUACGAACCGUCGCACGCGAAGAGAAAGAGACAGAAAAAACAAAAAGUACAGACCAACGACAAGAAACCAAGGAAAUGUCCAACCAAAGUACUAAAAUGCCAAGUGUGUGACUACACUACCGUAUAUAAAACGGGCUUAAUUAUGCAUAUGAUUGGACACACCACAGAGAAGAAAUAUUGCUGUUCCGAAUGCAAUUACAAGUCUAAAUAUCGGAACGCAUUGACUAGACAUAUCAGAAUAGAACACCAAACCAUUGGCGGGCAAUCUAAUGAACCAACGAAGGUAUACAAAUGCGACGAAUGCGAAUACACGGCACAUUUUAAAUGGAAUUUAAAAGCUCACAAGCGGAAACACAACGUUGAGAAGCAAUUUAAAUGCGAGCACUGUGAUUUUGCAACGGCGUAUAGGCAUAAUUUUUUGAAACACAGCAGAACGCACGUGUCCAAAGACAAGCCGUUUUCGUUUUACAAGUGUGACAAAUGUCCGUUUGUAACUAAAUAUGAGGGGCAUAUAACCAGACAUUUGGCGAAAAUACACAAUGAGGUCACCGAUACAGCGCACCAAUGUGAAUUGUGUGAUUUUUCCACAAGAGUCAAAUGGAGGCUCAACAUUCACAAAGCUAGAAGUAAACAAGACAACAUAUUGCCAUGUACAUACUGUGAUUUUGAAACGUACUUUAUGUGCGAGAGUAAAAAGCAUAAAGCAACCCAUUACGAUGUCAUAUACGCGCAGAAAAGUAAAGAUAAUUAUUCUAUGGACACGCAUAACUCUCAAAUUGAUGCAACUACAGGCUUGUUCAGCUCUGAGGUUCAUGACACUGAUAGCUAUAUGGACGACCAACAAACAAAUAGACAAAAGGAAUAUAUAACUGAUCCGAAUUGCAUCGAUUGGAAAAAUAUCAAAGUAUUAGAAUCGGACGAUAAAGAAAGGCCUUUUCAAUGUUUGAUGUGUUCGUACAUGUCUCGUUAUAAAGCUGCAGUGAAAAGACAUUAUCAACGUCACCACACCGGCACACAAAACAGACCAUACGAAUGCAUCCACUGUGGUUUCUCAACGAAAACCAAAGACAAAAUUUCCUUGCACAACCGCAGAAGCAAAUCGGACAUAAAUUUAAAUUGCACUUUAUGCGAAUACACGACAACAUAUAAAUGUCAAUAUGUGAUACACCAGAAACGGCAUUAUGAAAACAAGUGUUCCGAUUGUGAUUACUCUUGUAAGCGUAAAUACGAAUUGCAGAAACAUUACUUGAUAACCCAUAUGGGUAACGGAUUAAAAUGCCAAUAUUGUGAUUACAAAGCGACUAGAAAAGAGAGUCUUUUAUGCCACGAGACGAUACACACUGGAGCUAAACCGUUUAAAUGUAAUUAUUGUGAUUACACAGGUGUGAGAAGUUAUCUAUUGAAUAAACAUAUGAAGAGAUAUCAUAAAAAUUAUGUAACAGAUACAGUAGUUGUUGUGAGUGAGAGUAAAAUUGAAUCGUUGAAACAUGAAACUAAUAUGAACACUGUCAGCAGAGAAUCUUUGGACUUUUCAUAAUAUUGUAAGAUGAAAAUAACAAUUAACAAGUUUUAUAUAACGCACGCAAAUUCAAUAGAUAAAAAAAAUAUAUAUAUACUGACAUUUAAACCAUUGAGAAGUUGUGUAUAAAAGUGAAGUUUUUAUUGGUCGCUUUGUGGGGAAUUAAUUUGUCUUUUAUCAAGUUUCUCUGUUGGGAUUUGGACAUUUUGGUACACUUAAGGCCUAAUUUAACCACUUUCAGAUAAAAAAAUCAUUUUGUAAUGUGACAGAUAAACUAACUGCUAGAUAAAUCUGACGGAUGUGAUUAGUUAGCUACGCCCUUUCCAACACUUGUGAAUCGCAAUUUUUAACGCUCUAUAAACGAUAUGAAACGUAACGUAAACUAUAUGUGAAACAGGCCCUCAUAUUAAUUAUAAGAUUUAUGCACCCGUUAACGUGGGAGAAACAUAUGUGUGUGAUUUGUUUUUCACGUUAUUUAAACAGUUCAAUUUUAGGCAAUUAUUUAUCAUGAUUUUAAAUGGCCUUAAACUAAUUAUUGAACGAAUUAGUCACCAUUUUUUUGCAUACAUAACGUAUAGUGAAUUUUUUUUGAAGUGUCCUAUAUAAAGAAGAAAUAUAUAUUGCUACUAUUUAUUAAUAAUUGGUAUACACAAACAAAAAUAACGGUUUUAGCAAAAAAUAUAUAAUUCUUGUAAAAUUUUUGUAAAACCACCAUUUUAGCAAAUUAAGUUUAUUUGUGUAAUUAUAAAAUAAGUUAUUGCUUUUGUUGUAUAGAAUCUGGUUUCUUAACUGAAGUAUUAUUUACUUAAAGAUAUGGAUUCAAAAGUUAAAUUGUAUAAUAUAUGUAAUAAAAAUGUUUGAUUUGA